AUGGACCAAGAGUUCGACUUCCCCUUCGACGCGGAUGUUUUCGAAGACCUUGACCUCUACAUAGCCUACCAGCUGCAGCAGGAGCUGGACUUGUCGAAUAUCCACGACUCCCCGCCAGACCUAGAAGACGCUGACUUUGUAGGAGAUGAACAACCCCACUGGGUUGAUUCGGACUCAGAUGGAGGCGAUGGAGGCGGCGAAGACAAUAUCAAUCUUGCCAGGUUCGCUUACGACUCAGACGAAGAAGCCAACGAGGACGCAGACCGAUUCACUCACGAAGAGGAGGAGGAAGUGGACGACGAUGAGAGCGAUCAAUAUGGCCGCCUAACCCCUUACCCCUCCGAUGAUGAUUCUCCAUUGACUUUCAGCCCCGACCCAUCGGCCAGAAAUUCUCCUGAACCACUGGCACGCGGCAGCAAGGCUCAUCCCAUCUCCUUACCAUCCUCCGAGGAGUCCCUCUUGCAAAGUGCAGCCAAUCCAGAACUAUCUUCAAGUUGCCGAGUUUACCCCUCAUUCUCCUGUUCUAUAUGUUUGGAUGAUCAUCCUGAGGACGAUGUUGCACUCAUCCCCUCCUGCGAGCACUCUUUCUGCAGAGAUUGCUUGCGCUCCUACAUCACGAACAAAGUGUCUGAGCAUCGGUACCCUGUCUUCUGCCCCGUGUGCAUCACAAUCGCGGAUCAGCAAAGUCCUGGCAUCAUCGACGAGACCGUGAUAGAAGGUAUCUGGAUCCCAGAGAAAGAGUACCGUAUCUUUGAAGAGAUGCAGUUAUCCUCUCUGUCUAUUCUGCUUCACUGCAGACAAUGCGAACAAACGAUGAACGUUGCGAGGGAUGAAUACCAAGAGAACAAAGUUGUCAUAUGCCCGCUUCCUACAUGUACCUAUCGGUGGUGCACGGCGUGUCAGCAACCCGUCCCUCUAGGUGGUCCCGACCACGCCUGCGACACCGGUACUUCCACCAACUUGGACAAUAUGGUCCGCGAGAAUGGGUGGAAAUUCUGCCCUGGUAAAUAUCCUAUGCUCCCUACAUCCGGCUUCAUUUACCAACGAUUUCUUCAACAGGAUGUAGGGCCCCAAUUCAGAAAGAAUCGGGAUGCAACCAUAUGA